AGAGUAGAGUGAAAUUGUAUAGUCUCCCUAUCCUAUCCAAAACAAAGAAAAGGGCUCAUCCACACAGAGCCGUUAGCCAUUUCCAGUUUUCAGAAAUGGCUGCUGCAUCUUCCAUAGCCACUCUCUUCUCCUUCUUCUCCCCUUCAAAACCGCCAUCCCCCAAAGCGCCUCCGCUUCAGCUGUCUCUCUCCUCCGACCAUUCCUCAUCUAUCUCGAAAAGCCACAACGACGGUUGGGCCCCGCUAGUGAAAACCGCCGAUAACCAAAAGCCGUAUCCAUCGCCGCUAUCCGGCAAUUCCGAGCUCAUGUCCGUCGUCUGCCCGUCUCUGGCGCACGCGAACACCCUCUUCUUCUCCUCCUACAACGUCGAGCUCAUUGUGGACGGGGACGAGCCGGAGGAGCGGUUGCUCAACCGCUUCCGCAGAGAGGUGAUGAAAACCGGACUGAUUCAAGAGUGCAAGCGCAGGCGAUACUUCGAGAACAAGCAGGAGGAGAAGAAGCGCAAGUCCCGUGAAGCCGCCAGGCGCAAUCGUCGACGACGAAGAGGUCCCUUUGAGGAUAGGCGAAUGGCCUCUGCAAACAACAAUGCUGAUGGUAAAAAAGAGGAAGACGACGACGACAAUUGGGAACUUCCCGACAGAGAACUGCCCUUUUGAUUGAAUUUAUUUUACAAGGAUUCUGGUUUACUUUGCUUUUGAAGAGGCUUCUUAUCCCUGUAAGGUUUCAUGCCCUCUAAUCUUCCCAAUGCACUUAACUCUCUCUAUUUUUCUGUGAUUUCUUAAUGCUGAUGUAAUUGCUUUUCUUGUUGCUUUCUGAGUGCAUACAUGCACUUGUUAGACAUCUAGUAUCUUAUGUAAAAUAGUUGAUGUUGUAAGUCCAUCAUAAGAGCAAUAUGUUUCAUCCUUACACUGUCCAUUUAUAAUCUAAUCCCUUGCUGCCUUAUGGUUAA